ACUGUCCAUGAAUCUGACCUUUGUUCUUAUUCUCAUCAAUCAUUCUCCAAUUUAGUAACCUUUUCAAUUUCAUCCCAUUUUUUGUCAUCACAUGUGAAAUAUAAACUUGUUCAUAUAUAUAUGACAUACCUUACAACAUGUAGUAUAUGAAUCAAUCAAUAUUCAUAGCAGCAAAACUAGUCAUGGAAGCUCCAAGAUUCUUUGUGGCCUUAUUAUCAUCCUUGUUGCUUCUCAUGAUUAGUACACAAACAAGCUCAGCUCAACUUACUCGAGGCUUCUACAGAAACACAUGUCCCAAUGUGGAACAGUUGGUUCGUUCUGCUGUAGAGAACAAGUUCCAGCAGACCUUUGUGACUGCUCCUGCCACUCUUAGACUCUUCUUCCAUGAUUGCUUUGUGAGGGGUUGUGAUGCUUCCAUUUUGCUUGCAAAUAGUAAAGCAGAGAAAGAUCAUCCUGAUGACAUUUCAUUAGCUGGGGAUGGAUUUGACACUGUGGUUAAAGCAAAGGCAGUUGUUGAUAGUGAUCCUCAGUGUAGAAACAAAGUCUCUUGUGCUGAUAUACUUGCUCUCGCUACAAGGGAUGUCAUACAUUUGACAGGAGGACCAUUUUAUGAAGUUGAAUUGGGAAGACGUGAUGGAAGAAUAUCUACUAUUGCCAGUGUUCAACACGGUCUUCCUCACCCUGAUUUCAAUUUAGAUCAACUCAAUUCCAUGUUUAGUUUCCAUGGUCUCUCCCAGACGGAUAUGAUUGCCUUAUCAGGUGCACAUACAAUUGGAUUCUCUCACUGCAACCAUUUCUCAAAGAGGAUCUACAACUUCAGCCCCAGAACCAGAAAUCUAAUUGACCCAACACUGAACUUAAAAUAUGCAUUCCAACUUAGACAAGCUUGCCCUUUAAGAGUUGAUUCAAGAAUAGCCAUCAACAUGGACCUUGUCACACCUCAAAAGUUUGACAACCAAUACUUCAAGAAUCUCCAGCAAGGAAUGGGGCUAUUCAUUUCUGAUCAGGUGUUGGCUACAGAUGCAAGGUCAAGGAACACAGUCAACUUAUUUGCAUCAGAUGAAAAGGCUUUUAACAAUGCUUUUGUUGAAGCUAUUACUAAGAUGGGAAGGAUAGGUGUUAUGACAGGAAGACAAGGGGAAAUAAGGUUUGAUUGCACCAGGGUGAACUAAGAAAGUAUCAUGUUGGUAUGUUCUUUGGAAUAAUGUUUGGUGCAAAACAUCAAGACUCAAGUCAUCUCAUAGCACUGGCAGUGUGAGAAAUAAUAGAAUUAGAGAGGAACAAUGAAUUUUAUUUGACAAGUGAGACUAGUUGUAAUAAGAGGGUGAGAAUUGUGAAAAUAUGAAGUAAUGUGUGAAUUGUGAAAGUACAGGGGACUAAUAUGAUGCAAUAGAACCACAACUGUUUAUAGUA